AUGGAGCCCCUGUUAUCAUCUGACGACAGCGGGGAUCGGGAUAUAAGGAGUUUAAAACAUCAGCUCACUGAAUUUGGUUUGGAAGAGGACAACUUAAGCAAAGGGGAAAUGUUGGAUUUGCUAAGGGCCCUCAAUUACUCCAAAGAAACAGCUCCAAAAGAGGAACAAGUUGAAACUUCUGAACAGAAUCCUGAGACUAAAGGAGGUACAACUGAAGCACCAGCUAAAGUUACUAUGAAAAGGCGAUACUUAAAUGUUACUGACAGGAGAAUGCCUUGGAGUCUCUUACCAAAUUUCACAGCUCCUGCUGAAAAAGCGAGGACUUUGGCUGUCUAUAUUAAACUGAUGUCUAUUAAUAGCUAUAGGCAGGCUCGUCAAUCUACAAACCUAGCGGUUUGGCCUCCACCAAUACAAAUAAUGGAGUCGACAAGAUCUCAACCUAUGAGGUCUACAAGAAGUGGACGCUCGGUACCAGUAUAUACUGGUUUUGAUGAUGAUUCUUCAGAUUUUGACACUAUUAUCACUAAGAAGAAACGCAAAGUGUCUAACAGUGACCACUGUGACAUGAACUAUUCCAAUAAAGUGGUAAGCCUAAAACGUAAACCAUCUAAAGACGAAAGCUUGAGACCAAUAAAAGAGGCAAAGAUCAUAGAGCUGAAAAAUGAUAUAAAGGAUUUCGUAAAAGCUGAUUUUUCAAUUAUUGAAGACUGA